GAACUCCUGACCUCAAGCAAUCCGCAGCCUCGGCCUCCCAAAGUGCUGGGAUUACAGGCGUGAGCCACCACGCCCGGCCACAAGGCAUUAUUAAGGUGACCACACCACUGUCCCCUGCCUUCAGGAUGGGAGGCCUUAUUCUCUGAGCAUCAGUCUCUGGCUACCUUGCCACGUCUUUGACAAUGUCUGCUUUCAAAUAUCACUUUCUCCUUCCUUCCUUCUUCCUUUCUGCCGCCUGAAUGAAUCUUUUGUUCUGCGGCAAGCCAAGAGAAAAUGGUAGGAUUGAUUCCCAAGUGUGAAAGGGGGGUGGAAGUGUUGUCUUCCAAGGGGAGUCUGGGUGCCCUGCCGGAGAAGGGAAGAUGCAGCGGGGGAGAGACCUAGAACUGCGAUCAAAGCUACAGCAGCUGCUGGGGCUGGCGGGACAAAGGGAGGAGGGAGGAGCCUGGGCGCUGAGAAAGUUCUUGGGGAAAGUUGAGCUGAGCCAAGAGUCGGGCGGUGGCUGGGGAGGGCAGGAGGGCCCGGCCCGAUUUCCCUUGCUGCUCCCCUUGUGGCCUGGUGAGUGGGAAGUGAAACCAAGGAUAGGACCAGUGGAGGGACCUUCUAAUUUAUGGGAGGAGACAUGAGGGGUUCAUGGGACCCCGGCAGGGGCAACUGACUGGGCAGUCACCAAAGCUGGAGGGGACAGAGGGCUGGGAUCUCCAAUCAUGGGAAGGGAGAGAUGGAUGGAAGGAAAUGAAGGGCUCUGGGAAGGGGAGACGCAGCUGGACCCCAGAGGCUGUGAUCAGGGAGGGAAUUGGGGAGUGAUGCCAGAGGGGGCGGGUCUCCGGGAGUAAAAGUGUGGCUUCUCUCUGCCUGGGGUUACCCCUGGCUCAUCGGAGCAGGGAGCUGUCGGGGCUUGUUGGAGGGGGCUGUGGUCCUUGAUCACGCUGACAGAGGCAAAAAUCUGCUAACUCAGGGGGCAGACUCAACCAAGACUGCAAACAGGCCUGGGGAAUGACCCCCCGAUCUGCAACCGGCGCCUUCCGCGGCUGCACGGCUUUCUCCAGCUGUCUCUGCCCCUGUUCCUGGCCCUGGCUCCAUCCCUCUCUCAUCUCACCCUUCCCUGUGCCACAUGGGCCCUCUGUCUCCUGCCAGGACGCUGCGGCUCUGGGGACCUCGGAGCCUGGGGGUGGCUCUGGGAGUCUUCAUGACCAUUGGCUUUGCACUCCAGCUCUUGGGAGGGCCCUUCCAGAGGAGGCUACCAGGGCCACAGCUCCGACAACCUUUGGCCCCAUCUCUACGACCAGCCCUUCCGUCCUGCCCACCCAGGCAGCGACUGGUGUUCCUGAAGACGCAUAAAUCUGGGAGCAGCUCUGUGCUGAGCCUGCUUCACCGCUACGGGGACCGGCACGGGCUGCGCUUCGCCCUCCCUGCCCGCUACCAGUUUGGCUACCCAAGGCUCUUCCAGGCCUCAAGGGUAAAAGGCUACCGCCCCCAGACUGGAGGCACCCAGCUCCCCUUCCACAUCCUCUGUCACCACAUGAGGUUCAACCUGAAAGAGGUACUUCAGGUCAUGCCUUCUGACAGCUUCUUUUUUUCCAUUGUCCGAGACCCAGCGGCUCUGGCUCGCUCUGCCUUCUCCUAUUAUAAAUCCACCUCAUCAGCCUUCCGCAAGUCACCAUCCUUGGCUGCCUUCCUGGCCAAUCCUCGAGCCUUCUAUAGGCCUGGGGCCCGUGGGGACCACUACGCUCGCAACUUACUAUGGUUUGACUUUGGCCUGCCCUUUCCCCCAGAGAAGAGGGCCAAGAGAGGGAAUCUUCAUCCCCCCAGAGACCCCAACCCCCGACAGCUUCAGGUCUUGCCUUCUGGUGCUGGCCCUCGAGCCCAAACCCUCAAUCCCAAUGCCCUCAUCCAUCCUGUUUCCACUGUUGCUGAUCAUCGCAGCCAGAUAUCAAGCCCUGCCUCUUUCGAUUUGGGGUCUUCAUCCUUCAUCCAGUGGGGUCUGGCCUGGCUGGACUCUGUCUUUGACCUGGUCAUGGUGGCUGAGUACUUCGAUGAGUCAUUGGUUCUGCUGGCAGAUGCCCUGUGCUGGGGUCUAGAUGACGUGGUGGGCUUCAUACACAAUGCCCAGGCUGGACGUAAGCAGGACCUCAGCACUUUCAGCAACACUGGACUGACUGCAGAGGACCAAGAGCUGACUGCACGGGCCCGAGCCUGGAACAACCUGGACUGGGCUCUCUACGUCCACUUCAACCGCAGUCUCUGGGCACGGAUAGAGAAAUACGGCCAGCGCCGGCUGCAGACAGCUGUAGCCGAGCUCCGGGCUCGCCGAGAGGCCCUAGCCAAACAUUGUCUGGCAGGGGGUGAGGCUUCUGACCCCAAAUACAUCACUGAUCGCCGGUUCCGCCCCUUCCAGUUUGGGUCAGCUAAGGUUUUGGGCUAUAUACUUCGGAGUGGAUUGAGCCCUCAGGACCAAGAGGAGUGUGAGCGCUUGGCUACCCCUGAGCUCCAGUAUAAGGACAAGCUGGAUGCCAAGCAGUUCCCCCCUACCGUCUCACUGCGUCUCAAGACUUCAAGGCCACUCUCCCCAUAGACAUCAGACUACAGAUUUAGGUGGAAGAGCAGCCAUGUUUGAAGGGCACAUGUGAUGAGUGGGGGGCAGCAAGAUGCCACUUCUGCAUCUCCCAGAAGGGAUGAGUCUUUGUCCUGAUGCAAGCGUCGUCUUUGCUAGGCUCCCAACAGUGCUUUCCUCCUUCACCCUCUACUCAUUUUGUUCUUUCUCCCCGAUUUUUCUUUUUUUUUUUAAAUUUUAUUUUGAGAUGGAGUCUCGCUCUGUCCCCCAGGCUGGAGUGCAGUGGCAUGAUCUCGGCUCACUGAAACCUCUGCCUUACGGGUUCAAGU